GAUCCUCCCAGCAGAAUGCCGAGCCAGCUCGAGGGCGCCAUGGACGCACUGAUCACGGUUUUCUACAACUACUCCGGAAAUGACGGAGACAAAUACAAACUGAACAAGGGCGAGCUGAAGGAUCUGCUCAACAGUGAGCUCACCGACUUCCUCACGGCUCAGAAGGAUCCGAUGCUGGUGGAGAAAAUCAUGAACGACCUGGACUCAAACAAAGACAACGAGGUGGAUUUCAACGAGUUCGUGGUGUUGGUGGCUGCUCUCACUGUCGCCUGCAAUGACUUCUUCCAGGAGCAGAAGAAGAAAAGCAGCUAGUGUAAAUCUUAAACCCUUAAAAAAAGUAUAAAAACAAACAAAACAACACAGUGAAUGUACCAUCGGUUGAAUAGGAUUGUUAAUGUGUUAGACACUCUGUCCUCUUGUCACAAAUAAAUUAGAAAAUGUUCACAUUUUCAGCCUGGAGCUGUUAAACAAUGACUUUGUGAUCUUACGUCAAACUUUUUCUGAUCCAAAUUAUAGUAAUUUUUAUAUUAGAGUGAUGUUUGUAACUAGAAAAUAAAAAAGAAGAUGUCC